AUCAGAGAACCGCAGAUGACUUACAGCAGGUUGUGCUAGCAUGGUGAAUAUUCAUAGUGGAAACAGCUAUUUUAGGUGCUCUGUGUUGCAAAGGGGACCUGAUUUUGAUAGCCAGCUAGCUAACGAAGUAUGGCAAGUAUGAAGCGGAUAAGUGAUUCACACAGAGCCUUGCCUGUGGAGAGACUGAAAGUUUCCAGCAGCGUGUUGAGGUCAGCUUCAACUCCUGGCCACAGUCAGAGUCAAGCAACAGCAAGUGAAGAUGCAGCUGGGCUCAGUGAUGACGAUGAAAUAAAAUGCACAGGGACAAGAUACAUCACAGAAGAUUAUAUUAAGAAGAUGACCAAGCAAGACAAUUUGUCUCUUGUGCACCGUUUGAAUCUGUCCACCACUCAUGGUGAUAAAUACUUCAAGUACAUUGAGAAUUUGGACAAGUGUGAGCGUGUUCAAGUUCUCAACCUCAGUAAUAACACCAUUGAAAAAAUCGAGAAACUGGAGAAGCUUAAUCAACUGCAUGAGCUGCACCUUUCCAAUAACAGAAUAAGGAAAAUAGAAGGCCUCGAGCAAAUGGCAAACCUACAGAUUCUGAAUCUGGCCAACAACAGUAUUGAAAAAGUUCCGCUGUGGAUGGGGAAAAAACUCAGAUCCCUUCAGAAGCUAAACCUCCAGAAAAACAAGAUAUUUUCUCUUCAUGAACUUGCCAAAUUGAAGCAUCUAAAAAGUCUCACAGAGCUGAUGUUAGCAGAGAACCCUGUAUCUGACCUUCCCCACUACCGCCUCUUCAUAGUCUUCCAUCUGAGAUCACUGCAGUUUCUGGAUGGACAGCCAAUCAGUGAGCAGGAGCGAGAGAAAGCACAUCAGCGCUUUCACAGCGAGGAGGUAGAUCGUCUGGAGCAAGAGCUGGAAGUAAGAGGAGCAGAGAUUGAGCGACUACAGGAGGAGAAAGCUGCAGCAUUAAAGGAGUUGGAGCAUCAAGAGAAGCUCCAGCAAAGCCUGAGGCAGCAAAGCCAGGAGCAACAGUGGAGACAGGAACAACUUGAAAUGGAGCUGGACACCAAGUCAGAACUGUUUCUGUUAGAUCAAUCAUCAACCAGAUCCCGAAGCACUAGUGAAGCGAAAUGUCAUGACUUUCUCCUAUGCCACCAGUUAAAGCAGAAGACUUCAGAGCUAACCCGGGCUUGUCAGAAACAGUAUGAGCUUGAGCAAGAGCUGGCUUUUCACAAGAUAGAUGCAAAGUUUGAGCCACUUCCAUAUUAUCCUAAUCAUGACCUGGAUGGGGAUGUGCUUGGUGAGAGUCCAUACAUUGGAAAAGCCCGUCACAAAAGGAGCACAUUUACAUCAGACAUUAUAGAUGCAGGGGACAAGAAUCAGGCUUUUGUGGGUCUCACACAUACAGCAGUAAAUGCUGUGACUGUAGCAGAGGAGCGUCUACAGCAGCUGCGCAAGGAGAUGGAUUGCACAGAGCAACAGAUCCUGAGAGCCAGUGAGGAGCUGCACCAACUAGAAGAGGCAGCAUCUCAAAAACGAAUUUCAGAAGCAGAGAAGGACCAUUUUAGACAGCAACUGCACAUGAAGAUCCAGAAUUUGAGUGAGAUGCAGCAGGAGGCAGAGACCCUGGAGAAGCAGCUGGACAGGCAGAGCUCUGAGCUCAAUGUGGCUCAAGGGGAGCUAGACCAACUCCAGAGCUUACUGCACACUUUGAAUCCAGAAGACAUCAGACAGUAUCAUGUGAAGGCUCAGUUGACCAGUAAAAGUCAGCUGCUUUCCAUCAUGAGUAGGAAACAGCAUGAGUUGGAAGGCCGGCUAGAUGACAUGCUCAGUCGCAUUGCAAAGGAGACGCAAGAGAUCAAAGAUUUAGAACAACAGCUUACUGAUGGUCAGAUAGCAGCUAAUGAAGCACUGAAGAAGGAUCUAGAGGGCAUAAUCUCUGGACUGCAAGACUACCUGCAUGGGGUGAAGGAUCAAGCUCAACAGGCCCAAUCUGAAUGUCUGCGCCUGCAGAAGGACAACGACACUCUACAGCAACUCCUCUGGGACAAAGAUCAACAACUCAGCCGACUGCAGCAAGUAGCCCAGAUCUGUGAAAACACAAAGGAGGAGUUGCUGCAACACCAAGAGGAGUUGCAAACUCUGCGGAGAGAGAACCUUGAGCUGAGGGAGGCUCAAGGACAUGUCAGUGCCUAUGAAGCUGAUUUAGAGUCCGAGCUGCAAGAGAAAGACUAUAAGGUCAGCCACCUGGAAGAGGAGCUGAGUCGAUUGCACCAGCUCAGUCAGCUGGAGCAUUCUACGCUGCAUUCAGAGCUGUUGAAGGAGAGACAGGCUAAGGAGAACGCCCUGACUCAGCUACAGCUAGCUUCAGAGAGAGAGCUGGAGAACUCUGAUCUCCUGCAACAGCUCAACAUGCUGCAGAGGGAGAAAGGUUCUCUAAUGGAGAAGGUCAGUGUCUUGCAGCAAGACUUGCAGACGCUUAAGAGGGAGCUGCUGUGCCCUAAACAAGUGGCCAAGAGAUUGCAGGGGCUAAAGAAAGUCAUUGCCACAGGGUCAUCGGAAAUAAGCAGAGUGAAUGGUGAUGAAGAUGUGCUCAGCGAAAGCUUUGCUGAACUGCAAGAAGAGCUUCACCGUACCGUUUCUGCUGCUUUGAGAGACCGAGAUGCAGCCCAGAGUGCUCAAGAUAGGCUGGUAAAUGAGCGGAACAUUCUCAGAAACAGGCUUGCACAUAGUCAGGAGAAAUACCAGAGUGCAUGUGAAGAGGCCCAACAGACCAGGGCAGCAGAGAAGUGUGAGGAGGAGGCUGAGCUCCUCCAUCUGAGGCAGGAGCUGCAUGAGGCACAGGAGCAGCAGUACCUGAUGCUGCAAUGUCUUCAAGAAGUAGAGAGAGAGAGAGAUCAGCUAUUCUUGGAAUUGGGGAAGCAAGACAAACAGAUAAAGGCUGAGGAGACUCAGGCACAAGAACAGCUACAGACCUUAGAGCUAGAGUUAAGAGAGCUUAGGAAAUCCUUCACUGUCGCUGAUCAGCUGACUGCAGAGCAGCUGAGUACUGCCAAAGAUGAGCUCCACUCGCUCCACAGCACAGUGCAGAGAAUCAGUCAGGAGAGAGCGGAGGAUGCAGAGGACUUAGAAGAAUCCAGGGUGCAGGCUGCUCAAGCCAUGCAAGAUCUAACAAAGGCAGAAGCAGAAAUCCAGGGUCUACAUAAGCUGCUUCAAGACAGGGUUCCUCUGUCAGACACAGAUAGCCUCAGUAUACCAGACUCCAGUUUUCAACAACAGGAGUUAGCCAGGCUGAGUCAGGUUUUAAAAAGGCAACAGGUUCAGACCAAACGGCUACGAGAUCAGCUGGCUCAGGCACUAGAAGAUAAUAGUGGAAACCUGGACGAGCUGAUUGAGGAAAUAGAAGCUCUUAGAGACACUCUGCUGCAGCAGAGCAAUUACCUGUCCAGUUUCGUGCAUACUACACCCAGCAGUGGAUGUUGGUACUAUGUUCCACCAUACCAAAGUCACCAUAGCCUUGGUUCUCAGGCUACACAGGACUCUGGCCUGGGUUCUCGGUAUGUUCCAUCACCUGACAGAGGCAAACUUUCCAGAAGCCAGCAGCACAAAGAGAAACGACCCUCUUCCAGCACAGGAUACUGGGUUUAUUCACCCCACCAACAUGAACUGCACAAUUAUCAGAAAAGAGAGUCUUCAUACAGAAACAGCAAUGGUGAGAGUGAUGAAGAAGGCAUUAGAGGAGCUCAUUUCACCUCACCACCAGGCGCAAUCAUCUACACUGUGCCACCUGAUGGCGCCCAUCUUCCCCCAGGCAUGGUCAUUUAUGCCCCACCUGUACCAGGCCUGGCUGUGGGACCUGGUGCAGUGUUCUAUGGCCCUCCACCUGAAGGAGUCAGGCUGGUUUAUGGCCCUCCUCCCAGUGGUUUACAUAUUCCGUUAAUUCCUAAUGGCACUCUACACUGCAAUGUGCCUGAUCAUCUAGAUAUGAUACACUCUUCAAAAGUUGCAGACCAUUCUUUAAGGGAGGAGCAGUCAGAUAGUGUGGCAAGUAAGCGAGACCUGCUUAGGCUGGAGGAACAGAGAUCAGAGUUACAGAUGGAGCUUAAAGAGCUGCAGAGAGCUGUGAGCCAACUUCAGCGCCAUAGGAGGCUGUUGGAGAGUUCAUUGAGUCAUGCAAAAGAGGACACUGUAAUGGAUGAGAUGGAAGUUCUGGAGAAAACUCUCUUCAAUCGCAGGACUGAACUACGAGAGGUAGACCGCCUGCUGUCAGAGGCCGAAGCAGACCUGAAGGAUACCAGAGCUAAGACCAAAGACACACUGCAGCACUACACUGAAGCUGAGAGGAAGUUAAAAGAGAGAGAACGUGAACUUGAGGACAUUAAACAGCAAGCCCAGGAUAGCACCAGACAACUAGCCCACACUAAACAACAAAUCCGCGAUCUUCAAGAAGAGGUAAAGGAUCUUCAAACAUGUAAGCAGGAUCAGAAUAGCGCACUAAAACAAGUGGAAAAAGCGAUUGCAGCUCGAGAAGCAGAGUUUCAAGAACUUAACAGAAAUCUGAAGAGAGUAACCAAUAUAAUGGAGGACAGGCAGAAAGAGCGGAGAGAGUCACAGUACCAGGAGGCUAAUAAUUUUAUGGGCUUUAGAGACUCUGAGGAUAUUCUAUACACCCGCAGAAAAGAGUUGGAGCAUCUAAACACACAGGUGCUACUGCAGAAGGAACAGCUGUCUUUGCUUGGGAGAAAGCUAGAGCAGUGGAGGGAAGAGGAGGACAUUGUAAGGGCAAAUGUGGAAAAGCACCGGCAAAGCCUUGUGGAGGUUUUGAGGCAGGGAGAAGAGGACACACACCGUCUGCAGCAACACAUUAAGGAGCUGCGUGUGGAUGUGCAAUCUCUUGCUGCACAAAAGGGUGAGCUGGACUCAAAGCUCUCGGAGAGGAGACGGAGACUGGCUCAGUAUAAAAAGGAGGAGAAGAAAAUUCAAGAGAAAGUGCAGGAUCAGCAUGCAGUCAUUAACAAGCACAAAGCAGAGCUGAAGCAUGUACUAGACAUGAUCCAAUUGGAGAAAGUAGAGCUAGAGAGAGUGAAGGUUCAGCACAACCAGAAACUGGACCAGCUUGAGAAGAGCCAGGAGUCUUUGCUACAGGUGCGUCUGGAACUGCAGGAGGCAGAGAAGGAGGUGCAGGAGCAGCAGGCUGACUGUGAGAGACAUAGGAGGCUGCAGGAACAGGAGAUCCUUACACUGAAAGAGCAGAUUAAUGUUGCAGGUACAGAAAGGAGCAGCCUGCUGGAGCAGUGCACCAACCUGGAGACCCGUCGCUUACAUGUACAGAGAUGUCAGGAAACAGCAGAGGAGGGGGUGAGGAAAGCAGAGGCAGAGUUGCUGAAACUGCAGGCAGAACUGGCUAAGCUGAAGCAGGAGCACAGACAUGCGCAGAGUGUUCGAGAAGAAAUCAUCAGAGAUACCACCGCAACCCAGAAACAACUAGAAGAGAAAUCUAAGGAUCUGAAUAAACUAAAAGAAGAUAUUGCACACUCAACAGAUCAGCUAGAGAAAAUUAGAAAGGAGUUAGAAGAUGCUCAGCGAGAUCAGGAUGAUUUUGUGAAGCAGCAGCAGCACCAGAAGGCUGUGAUGCAGGACAAAAUCCAGAGGAGACAACAAAGAAUAGACAAACUGGUACAGCAGCUAAAGGAGAUUGAGGCAUCUGUGGAAAGGAAGGAGAUGCAGUUUGAACGUCAGGAGGAGCGACUGAUGAUCCAACAGCAGCAGAGUUCAGAGCUGGAAGAGCUACAGAGACGGCAGCAGACGAAGUUGAAGGCUCAGCUGCAGGCACUAGAGGAAGCUCUGUCGAAGCGAGUGGAGAAGAUGGAACAGGUCACACUUUCUGUGGAAAAGCUAGAAGAGCAAAGAUGCUUCCUGCUGGCAGAUCAGCAGCAGUGUGCUUUACUGCAGGACAGAGUGGCACAGCUGGAGCAAGUACUAGCUGACACUGAGGCCAGGCUACAUGCCAGCACAGAGGAGCAAAGAGAAGCAAGGGAGGAACUUGAAACCUGCCACUCUGUGUGGCAAGAGUCCCUUGAAGAAUCUGAAUGUCAGAGGGAGCAUGCACAGGCCCUGAUAAGACACAGUCUCACUGACGGCGAUAAAGUCCAGCAGGCUGAGCUCUGGAGUCAGGGAGAGGAGAACAGUCACAUGCGAGACAUUAAAGAUACUGUGCGCUCUCUCAGAGCUGAAGUGCAAGCAGAGCUGGACAGUAGUUUGAAAGAGCUGCAGCCCAUGAUCACUUCAGACAUGGACAGUGACAUGGAGAACCACACAUCAGCAGCACUGAACACGGGGAAAGCAGCCUACAGCAGCAGAGAUGAGCAGUGGAGAGGAGAAAUGAUGAGAGAGAAGCUGAGGCAGCAUGAAGAUAACCUGAAGGCACAGCUGCACAGGUGCAUGUUCUCUCAGCAGGAAGCACUGAGUCUUCGCAGGCAGCAGACGGAGGGAAGCAUCCAGGGCCUGCGCAGACGAGUAGACAAGCUGGACCAGCUACUGACCAAGUCAGGCCAGGAGUUCCCUUACUUCAGUGACUCCAACAUCUUCCACAAAUAUGUUUGUACAGACACAGAAAGGUGGCAGCCAAAAAGGGAGAGAAAGUGCUCCUUAAGUCCCAUUAGACUGGACUGGACUAUUCCUGAGAAAGACCAACCUGACAUGCCGAGCCAAGUGCACUGAAGCCAAAACCUUCUCUCUGGUUGCUUAUAAAGCCAAAUCACUGCAUGAAGGAGAUUCCCAGCUUUAAAGACGAUGGCCGUCAUGCUGUGUUGAGGCACAUUCUGUGACCACACAAGGAGGAUAAAUAUUAAGUUGCAAAUAAUCUACAUUUAUUUAGGUUUAUCACCUCAGAGCCAUCAUCAAAAUGUCUUUUUUUUUUUUUUUUGCUUGAGAGAAAUUGAGUUUGAAGUUUAUAUGAUUUUGUUUUACAAAUAAUUUUAACAUUUUUGAUAAAAUAAUGUUGAAGUGUGUGGUAUAUGGGAAGGGUUUUAAAUCUGUGUUCAUCUGGGUAUUGAACCAUGACUGGAUGUUUAAUGCCUUAUUAUAGUUUUGUACAUACUUUUGAUAAAGUUUGCUCUUUUUACCACAAAGUAAACUAUUUAUUAUAGCACUUUUUUAUACAUCACUGUUACUUAAAUAUGACAAUUGUGUGCAAUAAAAGUCAUUUUCAUGAUUUAA